AUGAUGAUAACCAACCAGUUAUCAUUGGCUACGAAGACACCCAAGUUGUAUAGAUAUCUACUAUCUACAUCUCAGAGGAACAACAAAAGUCUAUCGCAACGUUUGCACUUUAAAAUUGGUGUAUCUUUUGCUUCUAUUUCGGCAAGAUUUUCCCAACGCUACAAUAAUCAACACAAACCAUUUAUAAUAUCUCACCAAUCAUUUUCUACAUUGACUAUGCUCACCCAGAAAAUGACUUCUGGACCACAAUCGCCUUCCUCGGACAAGGAUAAGCAACAGCAACAGCAACAGCAACAGCCAUACCAUGACAAAGAUGGUGCAUCACACUCAACUCUGCAAACUCAACCCCAUGCGAAUGCGGAAGCACAUGAUGAGCAUUCACACUCGCAUUCGCACCAUGACUCGGACUCCCACGGCCACGAACACGGCCACUCACACUCACACGGUGGUGCAAGCAGUCUAUUACACCACCACCACCACUCUGCUCACGAGCCUAAUGAGUUCUUAGCUGCUGGUGCUGCAUCAAUAAAGUCAAAUGCCGCAGUACGAAUCACUUGGAUUGGACUUGUGGUUAACGUUGCAUUGGCCAUAUCCAAGGGAAUCGGAGGAGUUGUGUUUCACUCACAAGCAUUGGUUGCCGAUGCCAUUCACUCAGUGAGUGACAUGCUUGCUGAUUUUUUAACCUUGGCUACUGUCAAUGUCGCCGCUAAAGUGGGUACACCAACUAAAUUCCCCUUUGGUUAUGGUAAAAUCGAAACUAUUGGCUCAUUUACUGUUAGUGCCAUUUUGUUGUUUGCCGGUAUUUCCGUUGGUUGGUCUUCACUAUUGCAAAUUUUCGAAUUUGUACUUCCUACUCAAUUGUAUGAAAUUGCCGCCAGCAUACAUAUUGGACAUAGUCACAACCACACUGAUAUUGUUGGCAGUGGUGGCGGCGCUGCAACAGCCAAUACACCCUCGCAUGGUCAUGGACACACCACUCAUACUGCCACUGGAACUGAAUUGGCCACCCCCACCCAUAGAGAAAUCCCCAAUAUUAAUGCUGCUUGGCUAGCAGCUGGUUCUAUUGUCGCCAAGGAAAUCUUGUACAAAAAGACUAUGCAAAUAGCUACUGAAACAAACUCAAAAGUCCUUGUUGCAAACGCAUGGCAUCACCGAGUUGAUUCGUUGACUGCGAUAGUUGCAUUGCUCACGGUUGCAGGUGGAGUCUUGUUCAACAUUGCCUGGUUAGAUUCGAUUGGAGGAAUGGGGGUUUCUGCGUUGAUCAUUAAGGCAGGGUGGGAUACUUUGAAAGAGGCAUGGUAUGAAUUGAUUGAUCGUGGUGAACAACCAGGCUCUGCAUUGUAUGAUAAAGUUGAAAGUAUUGUAACUCAUGAGUUGCAAAGCAGAGCGGAAUUGCACCAGUUUAAAUUGAAGCAAUUGUCGGUGUUGUCUUCUGGUGCGAAUACCAACAUCAAUUUUGUCUUGUUGACUGAGAAUAAGCUGAUUGAUUUGCUGACAUUGAAUCGGUAUGAGCGGACGCUUACUGACUUGAUCAAACAAGAUGAUCGAUUUGUUCGUAACAUUUCAAUCAAGUUUGAAGUUGCUGAUGGGGAAGAAGCACACAAGGAUGACGCAAAGGAGAAUUUACACGGCAGAGAAGAUAAAUAG